GAACAUUCGGGUCAGUCGAGUUGUUCCGAAGACGGAGAGGAUGUUACGUCACAAGAUUUCCGCAACGCGUUGGUUUUUCCCUGGGAAGAUGGCGACGGUCACAGCAGCCACCUCAGAAUGGAUCCAGUUCUUCAGAGAUGCUGGGAUCCCUCCUGGACUGGCUGUCAACUACGCAGUGUCGUUUGUUGAUAACAGGAUUCAGAAAAGCAUGCUUAUGGACCUCAGUAAGGAAAUAAUGAUGGACUUGGGAAUUACAGUCAUCGGGGACAUCAUAGCCAUUCUCAAACACGCAAAGCAUGUGUAUAGACAGGAUAUGUGUAAAACGACAACCGAGGCCAUUUCGUCUGGACAGACUAGUGUACAGGCUGAACUGAGACGUACUGCUAACACUCCUGCCACACGCAUGAUUGCCAAUGCUCUGAGCCGGGACUCCCCACCAAGCACGCCUGCUCGGCGCCCUGACAACCGAAUUUCAGUAACCGUCUCCAACGCCAGUGCCAAAACAGUGCCCAGCAAGCCAGCAGAAGAAAAUGGGUUGAAAGUGAAGCGCCGGCGAGUCACAAGAGAAAUGGAGGGGAAAUAUAUCAUAAACAUGCCGAAAGGCACAACAGCUCGCACUCGGCACCUCCUGGCACAGCAGGCAAAGAAAGCUAAGGUUUUAAAGCGUGCUUCAGUGUUUGAUAGACUUGGGGCAGAGUCUAAGGCAGACACCACCUCAGCCAAUAAGCAGCCAACAGGUGUGUUUAGCCGGCUGGGUGAAGCAGGGAAAGAGGAAAAGGGUGGAGGAAAGACCGAUGGUGUUGCAGAGGCUUUAGAGGACAAUGACAGCGACGGUGAGGGCUCAGUGCUACAAUAUGCCGGCGUUCUUAAAAGACCCCCACCCAAUUCUAAAAAAGAGACUGUUACUGCCAAAUCUAAACCCCUCACUCUGCGUAGACUAGGUGCAAAGUACAAACUCCCCUUAUCUGAAGGCACACCACCUAUCUCCUCCUCUACCUCCUCCUCCAGCCAGGAGGGGACACCCAAACUGGGUGUACUCCAGAGACUGGGCAAGGCCCCGUCAGUCAACCCUACCUCUUCGACCCCUCUAGUCAGUCAGCCUGCAGACACCCAGGACAGUCGUGUUACGAGCAGCAGAAGCAAAGCCCAGGGCAGCUUUGCUCUGGCCAGCCAUAAGGUCAGUAGUAGCACAGGCGACACUCACGGGGCUCAGAUGGACGCUGGGGCAGUCAGUGUAUUCAAGAGACUGGGAGCCCGGAAAAACUAAAAGGCAUCCCUUUUUAUCCAGUUUGCCCCUUUUAUAAAUUAAAACCCACCUGAAUAUCCAUUUGAGUGAGUGGAGAAACUCUAGGACCACACUUGAUGGAUUGGGAAGUUGAUAUGCCGUUACCUCAUGGAGUGUUCUGAAUUGAUGAUACAAGGGGAAAAAAGGGACAGAUGCAGUAUCUGUUAAAUGUGAGUGUGGACAUAACUGCUCUCGUUUUGUUUGGUUAUAGGAAUCAUGCUCUAUCCCCCAUCCUAAUUUUAUAUCUGCUCUCCUGUGCCCCUGUGAGUGAAACAUUUUUUCAGAUUAAAGUGGGGUUUGUAAUAAAGAUUUUAUAAUGCAUGGCACCCAGCAACAAAUGCAUGAAAUGUCAAGGUUGUUUUUUUUCCUCUACGGUAGACAAGAGACUUGAGUAAAAGCAUGUGCUGUGUUUACCACAAACACUUAAGCUUAUAACAAAGAAAAAAAUAAUAAUUGUCAUCAUUUACUCACCUUCAUGUCAUUCCGAAAACGUAUGAUUUUGUUUCUUCUGUGGAAUUUUUUUUUGAUUAAUGGAUGUCAGUGGGUGCCAAAAUGAUUUGGUUAUCAAAAUUCUUCAAAAUACAAUUUGUGUUCUGCAGAAGAAAAUAAUCAUACAGUUUUGGAAAAGAGGAGUAAAUGGUGACACUUCAUUUUUUGUGUUAACUAUUCCUUUCACUUUAAAGGAUUUUUAUAAUAAAGAAAAAGCCAUAUGUUGGCUUAAAACUGCACACAUGAGCAUUUCCAUUAAUGCGCCUUAACCUGCGGACACCCUAGAUGUUUAUAGAGAAAAAAAAACACAACAAAUAAUACAUCCCAAAUGAGAAGACCUACAGGCUACUUCCUUUUCCAAACCUGCAGCUUUAAAGUUUGUGUUAUUUUUUUUUUCAGCUAAAAGGUUACAUCAUGAUGUGUCUUUUUAUUUUAUUUUAUUGGUGACGAUAGGAAUUCCCAGUUCACCAAAAAAUUUGACUUGAAAUGCCCAAAAAUGCAAAUGUUUCGUGUGAGCUUGUGUUUCCGGUGUCUCGUUCUCACAUGCAUACAAAUUAAAUUUAAAAGUGUUGUGUGACCGCCUCUUUGUGACCACAACUGUAACCAUGCUUGACUCAUGUUAAAGUGUCUCUGCUCUCAAAUUUCCAUAUCCAAUGGGAAUUUGUGGUGUUAAGUGUUUAGGGCCUUGACAAGCAGAGCAAAUAUAGCAUUGGUGAUAGCAUGCUGUUGCCAAGCAACACACGUGGAGAUGGACCCUUAUGUAUUGUAUAAGUAUUUCACCCCUUUGUACUGUUCACUACAGUAACCACUAAUCAUGCCGUUGUGAUAGGAAUUCACCUAUGCUUUGUCAUGUUUUGCCAUGGUUUUUUUUUUAUAUAAUAUUAUAAUUUUAAGCAUCUUAAAUGCAGAAUUCCGUUAGAAUGUUAUGUUUAAAGAAUAUUAAGAGAGAUAAAACAUUUUAACUGGUUAAGUUUAUGAAAUAUUGAUGAAGAAUAUUUGUUUUGGGAAUGGAUUGAAUAUAAAAAGAUAAAACAGAAAAA